UGUCAAAUUUCUUUUGGUCUCUCACAAUAUGAGUUCCUGUGUGACAGUCCCCCUAUGUCUUACUUUCCUCAUCGCGCUAAGCAUAGUGCCGAUCCCUUUGUCCAUCGCCCAGGACUUGCCCCAAGACUAUGUCGCGGCCCAAAAUGCGGCCCGCUUUCAGGUCAGUGUGGGCCCGAUUGCGUGGGACGAGGGCGUGGCUGGCUAUGCCAGGGAUUACGCCAACAAGCAUGCCAACGACUGCACGCGACUCGUUCAUUCAGGCGGACCCUAUGGGGAGAACCUUGCAUGGGCUUCCCCCAAUCUUACUGGCACAGGAGCGGUGAACAUGUGGGUCGGGGAAAAGCCCGACUAUGACUACAAUUCCAACUCAUGCGCACCGGGAAAGGUCUGUGGGCAUUACACUCAGGUGGUGUGGGGCAACUCGGUUAGGCUCGGAUGCGCAAAGAUCCAAUGUGCGACGGGCGGUGCUUUGGUCACUUGUAACUACGAUCCUCCCGGGAACUAUGUAGGCCAGAAGCCUUAUGUAAUUACAAUAAUAAGUUGUAUGUCGAAUGAUGAACUAUAAUGUCAAAAUA